AUGAGUAGUGGUAAGGAGGCUGGUGCCUCUGGUGAUGACGGUGAUGAUGGGCGUCUACAGCUCCAACGGUCGGUGUUGGAGGCGGACAUGCGUACUCUAGAGGAGAUGAAGACAGCGAACGCAGCUGAGGAGGCGGAGGUGAAGGCAGCUCGAGAGGCGGUGGAGGAUGCUAUUAAAGAGGUCACUGGUCCAAUCGACGAGGAGAGGCAGCAGGUCGAUAAGCAGAGGCUUGAAGUAGAGGAGAGGAUAAGGAAGCUGCAAGAGGAAUUGGCUCAGUUGAAAACGACUAGAGAUGAGUGCAACGAGAAGCUGAGCCGGCUGGAUGGGGACAUAGUAGCGGCCCGGGGGAAGUUCCAACAUGAGCUUGACAAUGUGGAGGUGGCUGAGGAGAAGUUCGAUAAGAAAACCAAGGCGAUGGUGUUGAAGGAGGAGCUCAUAGAGCAGCAACGGAAGGCGAUCGAGCAAAGGGAAGAUGAAAUUCAUCAGCGACGAGCAGAGGAUUUGGAGAAUCGCCGCGCGUUAGAGGAGGAGUUAGACGCUCUCGACACCUCACAUAAGGUCACCGACCGAUGGCUGGCGAGCUGUGAUAAGCUGGAGUCUGCUGUGGAGGGUAGUGUUGGUGUUAUUGUCGAAGGUGCAGAGCUGAGGGCAAGUCUGAGGCGACAGGUUACUGAUGUUGCGGAGCAGCUGUCCACAUUGGACCUCGAGAUUGGCCGAAUUGAAGAGGAGAAGCAGCAGGCGGUCCGAUCACGGAGGUUCGGGGAGGCCAAGAACCUCUCGGCUGAGGGUAAAACUGUGGAAGAGUCGAUCGCGACCACCGAAGAGUCGAUAGGUAAGUUGCGGGACCGAAGCACUGCAUUGCGCCAACAGCUUGAUGAGGCUCAAUCGAAGGAAGACGGCCUUCUUGAUGGCAGCACAGAUGUUACGGGAUGUGGGGACGUACUUGAUGAGAUGGCCUUUAGUGUGAAGGCUCGGCUGCAUUAUGUAGGGGAGGUUGCUGAAGGGGAGGGGUUAAAGCCAGAGGCCGAGAUGUUGGAAGCCUUGGACGCUGAAAUAGCGAAGCAUUUGCCAUCAGAAGCUGGGGAGAAGCUGAGGGUGCAAAUGGCUGCCCUGGUGAACUCGGAUACACGAGCAGUGUCACCACAAGAUGGUGACACGGCCAAGUAG